UCGCUCUCCGCCUGGCGGCCGCGCAGAUGGCGGCGCUGGCGACCGUGGCCAAGAAGGUGUGGAGCGCGCGGCGCCUGCUGGUGCUGCUGCUGGCUCCGCUCGCGCUGCUGCCGGUGGUCUUCGCCCUCCCGCCGCAGGAAGGCCGCUGCCUGUUCGUCAUCCUGCUCAUGGCGGUGUACUGGUGCACGGAAGCCCUGCCCCUCUCGGUGACGGCCCUGCUGCCCAUCAUCCUCUUCCCCUUCUUGGGCAUCCUGCCCUCCAGCAAGGUGUGCCCCCAGUACUUCCUGGACACCAACUUCCUCUUCCUCAGCGGUCUGAUCAUGGCCAGCGCCAUCGAGGAGUGGAACCUGCACCGGAGAAUUGCCCUCAAGGUCCUGAUGCUCGUUGGGGUGCAGCCGACCAGGCUCAUCCUGGGAAUGAUGGUGACCACCUCCUUCCUGUCCAUGUGGCUGAGCAACACCGCCUCUACCGCCAUGAUGCUGCCCAUCGCCAGCGCCAUCUUGAAAAGUCUCUUUGGCCAGGAGACUCGGAAGGACCUCAGCCAGCAGGGUGAAGAGAACUCAGCUGCUGUGCGGAGAAACGGCCUGCCCGCUGUGCCCACGGAGAUGCAAUUUCUGUCCAGCACAGAAGACAAAGACGGCCCUGACGUGGAGGCUCCCUUGGAUCUCCUGGCAGACUGCAAGAAGGAGGGGGAAUACCGCAGAAACAUCUGGAAGGGCUUCCUCAUCUCCAUCCCCUACUCGGCCAGCAUUGGGGGCACUGCCACCCUCACGGGCACGGCCCCCAACCUCAUCCUGCUUGGCCAGCUCAAAAGUUUCUUCCCAGAGUGCGAUGUGGUGAACUUCGGCUCCUGGUUCAUUUUCGCCUUCCCCCUCAUGCUGCUGUUCCUGCUGGCGGGCUGGCUGUGGAUCUCUUUCCUGUACGGCGGGUUGACCCUGAGGGGCUGGAGGAAGAAGAAAUCCGAGAUCAAAACUGAUGCAGAAGACAGGGCACGAGCCGUGAUUCGGGAGGAAUUCGAGAACCUGGGGCCCAUCAAGUUUGCUGAGCAGGCUGUGUUCACCCUUUUCUGCAUAUUCGCCGUCCUCCUCUUCUCACGGGAUCCGAAGUUCAUCCGCGGCUGGGCCAGCUUCUUCACCCCUGGGUUUCUUUCUGAUGCUGUCACUGGAGUGGCCAUUGUCACCAUCUUGUUCUUCUUCCCGUCCCAAAGGCCCUCUCUCAAGUGGUGGUUUGACUUUAAAGCUUCGAACGCAGAGCCAGAGCCCUUGCUGACGUGGAAGAAGGUCCAGGACACGGUGCCCUGGAAUAUCAUCCUUCUCCUGGGAGGGGGCUUCGCCAUGGCCAAAGGCUGUGAGGAGUCCGGGCUGUCGGCGUGGAUCGGCGGGCAGCUGCACCCUCUGGAGAACGUGCCGCCGGCGCUGGCCGUGCUGCUCAUCACUGUCGUCAUCGCCUUCUUCACCGAGUUCGCCAGCAACACGGCCACUAUCAUCAUCUUCCUGCCCGUCCUGGCGGAGCUGGCCAUCCGCCUGAGAGUGCACCCCCUCUACUUGAUGAUCCCCGGCACGGUCGGCUGCUCCUACGCCUUCAUGCUCCCGGUCUCGACGCCCCCCAACUCGAUUGCCUUCGCCUCUGGACACUUGCUGGUCAAAGACAUGGUGCGGACAGGCCUCCUGAUGAACCUGAUGGGCAUCCUGCUGCUCAGCGUGGCCAUGAACACGUGGGCACAGACCAUCUUCCAGCUGGGCACCUUCCCGGAUUGGGCCGACAUCCACUCCACCAACAUCACAUCACUGCCAUCUGCCUCGGCCAACGACACAUUUCGGACCCUUUGAGUCCCCCUCCGGGACUCUCUUUGGACUGGGCCCUCCCAGAAGGCUUUGCCGUCACCUGCUGCUAGGACCCUACAGGACGAUCAAGCGGUUCUUUUCUGUGAUCCAGUACGCAGCUAGCAAGGGUGACCGCCAGUGGUCCGCUUGGGUCCACAGGCUCAUUAUCUAGGACACCCUUUCCUCUUUCAUGCAGGUGGGCCCACAAUGUCUCCCAGAUCUGCCGCCGGAGAAACAGCCUCCUUUAUCUCUGACUUGUGUGGCUGGGACGUAAGAGAGCCUUCUCCAGCGAUCUGGGACGCCGUUUGCCUUAUACACUUGGGGCGGGGGGCCCUCGAUGCGCGUGGGCACAGCUCACAGCACCCACUGCCUUCUCUACGUCACACCCUGGAGAGAUCAUCUCGCCUUUAGAGAUCACCUGCCUCACAGAGGCUGUUGGGGCCGCACGGGUGGCUGGUGUCCUGGCCGGCCGUGCCCAUUCUGUGCCCGUUGUUUGAACUUCACCAUUGCUAACCCCCAGCAGCCAGGGUUAUUUCCAAUCCCUGGAGACGGGGGAGGGCCAGAUGACUUCCUGAGAAUGUGGAGGCCGUGCAAAGCCUCCCUGCUGCUCGUCUGGGUGCCUGAGCGCGCCAGGAGCAUUCUAGAAAUCCCAGCUGACACUUCAACCCACGCUGCUUAGGAUUUUCCUGUUAAUCAGUCAGUCUGACCCUGAGUCUGGGGUCAGGCCAAGCCUGGGCUCUAAUGUCUCGUAUGUGGCCCCAGGUCCUUGCAGCAAGGACUCUCGUGCGUGUGCCCCACAGGGGCCUUUGAGGCCACUGGCUCCCCCUCGUUCCAGCAGCUGGUCUUUACCUCCCCACCCACACCUCAAGGGCUAAGCAUGUUUAAUGAGCCAAGGCCACAUUUUUUUCAGAGAUGAGGGGGGAAAAAAGGCAGAAGAUACACUGGGGUCUCAUGAGAGGCCGGGGUGAAAUUUCUCAGGCAGGAAAGACACUGUAACCCUCUCCUCCGGACGGGGUCAGUGGAGACUUCCCCAGAGCCGGCAGCCGGAGGAGCUGUAUGAGAAGAUGCGUUCCCAGCAGAAGCAUCUGGGCGGCCCCAGUGAACGGCACAGUAUGCGGCCCUGUGGCUACUCGGGGAGCAAAACAAGUGGCCCAGCAUUAGCCUGGCACCUGCAAAGGUGCCAGGAAGGGGUGCAGAAGCCUCCUGUGCCGCCUUCCUCCGCAUCUGAGAGAUGAGCUGCUCCAGGCAGCGUGGGCUGGGAAGGCACCACCCAGAGACUGAACUCAGUACAGUACAAGUGAGUCAUGGAUGCUUCCCUGGGAGCAGUGGGGAGAGAGGAGAGGCCUCCAAGUUGGGGAAUGGGCUCCGCCUCUUCCCACGUGAGCACUUGAGUAUUUAGCCAUAGUUACCGCUCACGAGGGGUGGAGGCUGCCCUCCUGGAGAAACCCAUGGGACUUGUAACCUGAUCAAUUGUAAUUUCAAAUCCUUCUGAUUGAAAACGCUAUGAAAUAAACAUUGUUAAUCAACAAUG